AUCUGUGCCCUUCACCUGUUAUCUCUUGCUAGCUAUUUUUCUUCUUGAAUUUGACCUCCAAAGAAAGAAAAGAAGAAGAAAAAGGGGGGAAAGGAGGGAAAAAAGAGAUGUCGACUCUCACUGUGCCUCCCAAUCUCAGCUCACCUCGCCAAGACGCCAUUGAUCUCUACAAAGCUUUUAAAGGAUUUGGUUGCGAUAGCUCAACUGUAGUCAAAAUUCUUGCUCAUCGGGAUGCAACCCAGCGAAAUCUCAUCCAGCACGAGUACCGUGCAAUGUACCAUGAGGAACUUACCACUCGAUUGAGUAAAGAGCUUGGUGGGGACCUUAAGAAAGCAAUGAUGCUUUGGAUUCUUGAUCCAGCCAACCGAGAUGCCACUAUAGUUAGGCAAGCACUCACCGGAGAUGUCAUCGAUCUCCGUGCAGCCACUGAAGUGCUAUGUUCUCGCACACCUUCCAUGAUACAGACAAUUAAACAGGCAUACCUUGCAAGAUUCGGUGCUUAUCUUGAACACGAUAUUCAAAACCUGGCCACUGGUGAUCACCAAAAGCUUCUUCUCUCAUAUACUGGAGUGAUUCGUUUCGAAGGUCCUCAAUUUGAUCCUUCAAUGGUAGCGACAGAUGCCAAGGCUCUCUAUAAAGCCGGAGAAAAGAAACUGGGCACAGAUGAGAAGGUGUUCAUUCACAUCUUCAGUGAACGAAGCAGUGCGCAUUUGGCUGCUAUUGCUUCUACAUACCAUGAUGCAUACGGAAGCUCUCUAGAGAAGGCUGUCAAGAGUGAAACAUCUGGAUUAUUUGAAUUUGGUCUGCUGACUAUUUUAAGGUGUGCUGAGAAUCCGGCCAAGUACUUUGCGAAGUUGCUACGCAAAUCUAUGAAGGGCCUAGGAACCAAUGACACGAUGCUUAUAAGGGUUGUAGUCAGCAGGACUGAAAUCGACAUGCAAUACAUCAAAGCAGAGUAUCAGAAGAAGUACAAGAAGGCGUUGAGUGCUGCGAUCCACUCAGAGACUUCAGGCCAUUACCGAGCAUUUCUUCUCGCCCUUGUGGGCCCCAACUAGGGUUUGCAGGGGUUCAUCGAGACUGAUAGCUUCUAGUUGUGUGCCCUUUGUUGUAAGGGUGUUGUUGAAUGCUAUUGUUAAGAUGUUGUGCUUUGCGUACUGAAAUGUUCAGGCUUGGUGGUUGUUUAAUGUUUCACUUUUAUCAGCGUAUUUCCUCCAGAAAUAUAUGCUUCUAGUGUCAUUAUGGGUUAUGUAUAUCUUGUGGUUUGUUAUUUUCUGAUUUCAUAGGUGACAUUCUUGUGAAUAUAUAAGCAGUAUCUUGUGGGUAGCUUGGAAAUUAGAAGAUUGUUUGGACUUGUUGGGGGAAUGUAUGUAUUCAAUUAAGAG